UUGUCUGGCAGCAGCGGCCAGGCGAGCGUCGCUCCGUUCCGACCGCUCCAGCCGACUGUACUGCGCUCCCCCCGCGCCCAGGCUUGUCGAGCCCAGCCGAGCCGGAGCGUGCGCUGCGGGCCGAGCCGAGCCGAGCCGGGGCUCGCGCGCUGCGGUACGCGACACAACACAAAUUACGUGACGCCAUGGCCGUCGGCGCCGCCCUCGUCGCCGUCCUGGCCGUCAUCGCCGCCGUCGAGUCUCGAGCGGUCAACAUCAGCAACACGUGGGUGCUGCCCGAGGACGGCUUCCCCGUCUUCUACCGGUACUUCCGCGACCGGAUCAACUGGUUCGAGGCCGACGCCGUGUGCCAGUUCCACCAUGCCAACCUCGUCACGGUGGACACGGGCGCGCAGUUCGACGCGGCGCGCGCCUUCCUCAAGGAGCUGGACGUGCUGUCGCCCGUGUGGCUGGGUCUGAAGCGCGGCCGCGACCAGCCGCACUUCCUGUGGACCAGCGAGCAGCCGCUGUCGAGCACGGGCUACUGGAGCGAGCCGCUGCCGGGCUCCAGCCUCGGCUCCAGCGAGGAGCUGUGCGCCGCGGCCGACCCCGCCGCCGACUUCCGGUGGCACGGCCUCAGCUGCGGCGGGCUCGAGGUUGCCUCCUUCAUCUGCGAGCUGCCAGUGCCGGACUGGGCCGCGGCCCGCGACGGCUGCAUGGUGGAGAACCUGCCCUCGCUGACGGCCGCCUUCCUGCCCGAGGAGGCCGCCGUGGAGCUCACCUCGGACUGCGGGCUGGGCGGCACGCGGCGCGUCGUCUGCAAAGGCAACACGACGCGCGAGGCGCUGUACGCCCAGCUCAACUGUCACAACAUGAUGAACGAGGACGCGACGCUCGGCCCCAGCUCGGGCUCGGGCUCCGGCAUGCCGCCCGGAAGCGGGCAGGACGCGGAGCAGGCGGAGCCGGCGGACCAGUCGGAGCAGCCGGAACCGGAGGCGGACGACGGCUACACCUCCACCUCCACGGGGGCGUCCACGGAGACGUCAGCCAACACCACCCCCGCCGACCAGAGCUCGACCCGCCAGCGCCGUGCCACAACCAGUGCCAGCAGCACCGCCAGGGAGGCCACCACGGACGUCAGCGUCGACACCUCUGUGCCGGCGAGCAGCACCGAGGGCCCGAGUGAGCCGCCGACCAGCCUCGAGACCGUCAGCGCCAGCCCCGCCGUCGCGGCCACGUCCUCGGGCGCCGCGGCCCCCAGCCAGGCCGGCACGCCCAGGCCUGAUGGCUCCUCAACCCCGGGACCGCGAGCCGACACGCUCAUCGUGGCGCGCAAGGAUGACCAGAAGGAUGACCGGAAGGCCAGUCCGGCACCGGAAGUCGCACCGGCCGCGGCGUCGACUGCAACUCCCCAGGCGCCAGCCUGGACGCCUGAGGACAAGCCCAUCAUUGUUCCCAUCGUGGCUAAGAAGGGGCCCAGCUUCCCCAAGAAGGUGGCUGCUGCCAACGCCAAACCCUUCCGGCCCGAGAAGAUCCCCCUCAAGCUGCGCGCGCCUACCGCCUCGCCCGCCAGGGUGGCUGACACCCCCGCCCCGGCCAGGCAUGCAGCCGCCAGUCUGAGGCCCGUGGCCGAGGUCGAGGACCCCGUCGACAAGGCGACCUCCACGGGCGGCGUGGUGCCCGAGGAGGACGAGGAGGACAAGCAGGCAUCCCAGCUAGCUCCCGCAGUAGAUCUCGUGAAGGUCCCCGCAGCUGUGAAUACCGACUCGGACAACAAACUAGACGAGAGCGAGUUCACUCACCACAUGGCUGGCGACGCAGCGGACGACCUCGACGACGCCCUCAUGAUCCGGGAGCUGUCCAGCGCCCGGACGCCGCUGAUCAAGUCCGUGCCGCUGGUGGACGUGCCUCUGGACGAGCCCAGGACGGCCCCCGCCACCGCCCAGCCGGCACCGGCGACACGAGCGGCGACCAGCGCACCUGCUUCCAGUUCCAGCGCACCUGUGUCCAGCGUGCCUGCUUCCAGCGCGCCUGCGUCCGCGGCGAAGCUGUCCAAGGAGAGUCCCAUCUUCUUGUCACUGCCUGCCGGAGGGCGCGUGGAGCGGAGGCCACCGGUGAAAAAGGAUGGCCUCCCUGCAGCCAUAGCGGGCGCCGCUGUCACCACCACGUCCACAACCACGACUACGACCACGACCCCCGCGCCCCCGAGCAGCGCGGCCACGCCUACGACCACCGCCGACCCCAGCGCCACAACGGUCUCCCAGAUCCGCCUAAGGGAGUCCAUGGCCGGCCCCGGCGGCAAGGCCAGGACGCUGACGACAGCCCCGCCUGCUCCAGAGUCGGGCGCACCGGCCGCCGCCACCAUCACGACUACCACCACGACCACCACGACUACCACCGCCUCUCCAACAACCACCUCCAGCACGGCCGCGCCAACGGCGGCGUCGGUCACUGCCACGACGGCCGCUGCCCACAACUCGUCGACGGCCGCGGUCCAUCACGCGGCGUACCACCCCACCAGCACCGCGGCGCCCGCGUCCACGGCGCGCCCCGAGCCCGCCAACGGCGCCAACGGCGAGGCGCCCAAGGAGCGGCGGCGGCAGCACCUCCCGGCGCCGCUGCUGUCCAUGAACAUGAAGCCCGAGUCGGAGGACGGCGAGGAGGGACUCGAGUCCGAGCCUCAGUCGCCCCCGAGGCCGAAUCGCAGCCGGUCGCUCGUCAGCCACCAGCACCACAACUUCUACCCGUACUUCCUGAACAGGGUGCUGGGGCGCUAAGGGUGCGCGCGGGAGCCCUCCUGGUAACUGCCGCGAGCCCCGCCACCCCUACUCUACCCUCUCUUCCUCUCGCUUCUAACGGCGUCCGACGGCCAAAGGCUGGCGAAGCCCGACGCCCCCCGCCCCCGCACACCCCGUGCACGUGCACGCCCACCCGGACAGCACGCGCAUAGCACACCCGUCCACGAUUUUUUUGUAUUGCUGUAAAGGCACCGCGCACCUGACCACGUACGUCGAAAGUGCUUGUCCCUUCCCGCACCCCCACAACCUCGCCUGCUUAGGCAGAGAGAAAUGUUGAAGAAUGAGUAAUCUUUAAAAUGACAGCAUCACUGGAACCAGGGAAAAGAAAAUUUACCUGCUGGCAUCACGCUAUCGGUUUCGUUCGGGCGUUUAAAUUUUGAUAAAGCAAAUCAUCUGUGUGUUGCCCUGCUGUUCAAUAUCUAUUAUUUUCUGUGGUACUAAAGGUAUCAGGCAUCCAACAGAGUGAGAGAGAGAAUAAGAGAGGGAUGGAUGGAAGGAUGUGAUGAGAAAACCCCAUCCAGCCCAGCUAAAAAAAAUAAGCACUGAGCAAUCUUGGGCACUUUAAGUGGGUUUCUUCCUUUGUCAACAGUUGGAUGUGCAUUUAUACAAGUUUGAUAUGCAUUUCAACUAACUGGUGUUAAUGUGGCAUUAGUUUAAGAAAGAGUCAGCGUCUGGAAUGCAUGUGUGCUUUCCAUUAAGUACUCCUGCGCUCGACGCCCCAACAAAAUUGAUAUUGUCACUGUCUUACAAGAAGCCUAGUUCCUCAGUUUACUUUCAUUCAUUAACCUUACAUUAAUUCAAAAGAGAAAACAUUUUGGUGGUGUGAAUGAGAAGCCUUUUUGAUGUGAGGAAUGCUAUUAGUAUAGAGAUGUCUCAACUAGAUAGCUUGCUGUUAGGCAGGCCCUUGGUAAGCUAUUUUCAUGGUUAGAGAAUUUUAAAACAAUCUGAGUUUAUAUGGAGAACAAGUGCAGGUCAUGAAUGAAAAUUGAGAUAGUAGUAUAUUGUGUACAUAUAUUUGUGAAGGCAAAUCAAUCUUGUUCUGUAAUUUUUCAUUUCAUAUUUGAAUUUAUUAUUUGUUAGAUGCUCUCACAAAACUUUACUGACACAAUUAUUGUGCCGACAGAUAUGAAAUUUACAUUUUUAUACCAUUUCUAGAGAGUCACGGUAUCUCACAACAUUCCAUCAGCUUAAAAUAAUUUUCAAGUCAGUAAAGAAGCCCCACUUUCAGCAUAAAUUUGCUUCCCGAUCGACACUUAACUAGAAACAAAACUGUUCUUUCAAAAUAAUGUUUAUGAUGUUGAGUGCCAAUGUAUAAGCUCCACAUACAAUUUGCCCCUUUUAGAAAAUAAAAAGUUACGAAACAGUUAUGUACCACUCUUUAAAAAGAAAUCAUGCCGAUAAAGAGAUUUUGCGGAUAGAGAAACCAUGCGGAUGACUUACUUUUUUUCAGUGUACUACUGUUCCGCAGCUUUACUUAGACCUGUUGAUCAAUUUUGUCAGAACUUAAAUAUUUCCUAUGUGCUGAUAAAAAGCACAACACAGCAGCCUAUACACAGCAAAACACCCUGCACUCUUAGGUCAUAAUGCAUGAAGUUUGUGAUAGUCAGGCGCUCAAAUGACGUCAGUUUAGGAAGAAUGGAGCAAAUGUCGCCAAAGCUGUACAUGUACAAACUGUUGUUAGCCUAUUAGAUUUUAAGAAUUUGUCAUGACUUACCAAAUACCUUCUAUGUCACAGUAAAGCUAAUAUAUUAGUUUUAAAAAUUUAUCUCAAAUAAAUGCAGAGCAUUGUGAAGUUUUGUAUGGCAGAAAAUAAAGGAGUAUUAAAGAA